GAACCAAAUGCCAUGGCUGACGAAGAGCUGAGCGUCCGAGCUGCCAGAAAGGGAAGUUUGUCACCCAGCUGCUCCCGGGGCAGCGCGACCGAGUCGAGCACGCUGCUGCAGGAGCUGAAGGGCACCAUCUCCAAAUCCGUGCAGAGCAAAGUCGACUCCAUCCUGCAAGAUGUCCAGAAGUUUUCAGACAAUGACAAGCUCUACCUCUACCUCCAGCUGCCGUCGGGGCCAAGCCUGGGGGAGAAGAGCAGUAGCUUGGACCUGAGCUCGCUGAGCACGGCCGAGUACAUGCACGCGUGCAACUGGAUCCGGAACCACCUGGAAGAGCACACGGACACUUGCCUGCCCAAGCAGGACGUCUACGACGCCUACAAGCGAUACUGCGAUAACCUCUGCUGUCGCCCCCUGAGCACCGCCAAUUUUGGCAAGAUCAUCCGGGAGAUCUUCCCAAACAUCAAAGCCCGAAGGCUGGGAGGCCGGGGACAGUCAAAAUAUCCUUCCGUGUGCCCGCUGGCCAGGGAAGCCCGGGGGGCUGCCUGGGCUGCUGCUUCUCCAAUUUUUCCCAUUUAUAAGGUCUGGUUCCUGGUUUUUCGGCUCCUGGGGGUCCUGGUGCAGUCCUACAGCAGCGAGGUGAUGGAGGCGGCCUGCGCCCUGACCUGCGACUGGGCCGAGAAGAUCCUCAAACGCUCUUUCAACAACAUCGUGGAGGUGGCCCAGUUCCUCAUCCAGCAGCACAUCAUCAGCUCCCGCUCGGCCCGCGCCGACCUGGUCAUGGCCAUGGUGGUCUCAGAGAGCACGGAGAAGAUCCACCGUGAGAGUCGAACCCCGUCGACAGCGAAG